AUGUCGGCCUCCCUUCCUCCUCAGUACUCUACCAUCGAUAGCAUGAGUAACACUUCCAAAAUAGGGAUUUGCUUGGGAGUAGCAGCUGCUGCAGUUGGAGCUGCUGGGGUCUUUGCAGCCUAUAAAUUUUUCAAAUCGGAUCGUCCCCGUAGUGGAUCCCUCCUGGCCGAUCCCGACAACCACCUUGCAGAAGAGGAGGUCCUACAGGGCCAUGAAGUCUUCAGACACGAUCGUCAGACUAAAGCCGUGAUGAUGGCCAACGCUACCAAGUUCCUCGACCUUAUGAACACUAGGAGGUCCAUCAGAUUCUAUUCAAAGGAUGAUGUGCCUAUGGAUAUCAUAAUGGCAGCUGUGAGGACAGCCUGUACAGCUCCUAGUGGUGCCCAUCUCCAACCAUGGACCUUCGUUAUUGUCCAUAAUCAGAAGGCUAAGGACAAGAUACGUGAUGUUGUGGAGCGUGAAGAGCAGUUGAAUUACGACCGUCGUAUGCGUAGAAGCUGGGUUAAUGACGUUGCCCCUAUGGUUGGGGAUCUACAUCGUGAUGGCCGAGUGGCCAAACCCUAUCUGUCGGAGGCGCCUUAUCUCAUUGUUAUGAUGAAGCAAUCACACAGGGUUGACCCUACUACGG